AUGCCGCCAAAAAGGGGGAAACCAUUGAGGCUUUACAUUUCGGCUUCAGAGGGCUCUAUCGGCUGUCUGCUGGCUCAGAACAACGAGUCUGGGCGUGAACAAGCGGUGCACUAUCUAAGCCGCACCCUCAACACGGUCGAAUUAAACUAUUCGCCGAUCGAGAAAUUAUGCCUAGCGCUUUUUUUCGCGUCCACCAAGUUGCGGUAUUACAUGCUUCCUUCGGUCGUUCAAAUCAUCUCCAGGACCGAUCUCAUCAAAUAUAUGCUUACUCGGCCGAUCAUACGCAGCCGAAUUGGGAAGUGGACGAUGGCAUUGUCCGAAUUUACCUUUCAAUACAUAGCUCAGAAAUCAGUCAAGGGUCAGGCAUUGGCCGAUUUCCUAGCUCAUCACCCGGCCCAGGGACAAAAAGAGGAGUUGGAGGUCGAGAUCGGUAUGGCCCGCAUGGAAAAGAAUUAUUGGACCACGUACUUCGACGGGUCCAACACCGAGGCCAGGUCAGGAGCCGGAGUCAUGAUCGAAUCUCCUCAAGGGCAAAAAUGGCAGUUCACAUUCCAACUCGACUUCAAAUGCACUAAUAAUCAGGCUGAGUACGAAGCGCUGAUCAUCGGUCUCGAGAUUUUGAAAGAAAUGAAGGCAACCCGUGUUUUGGUCUACGGCGACUCUCAGCUGGUGGUUAACCAACUGAUUGGGGAAUACCAAUGCACGAGCGAGAACUUGGCCAUGUAUUAUGUAAUGGCACUCAACACGGCCGAUGGUUUUUCUAGAAUUUCUUUUGUUCAUAUACCGCGCGCCGAGAACGGCGAGGCCAAUGAGAUGGCCCAGGUAGCAUCAGGCGUAAACAUCCCGAACACCGACCACGAUCGCGUGAUAAGGAUCGAGAGGCGUACCUUGCCAGCUUUGGCCGAACGAGGAAUGACAGCGCAAGUAUCUUCGGCUGAUAUCACCGACGAGAUCAACACGGCCGAGGCCGACUGGCGCUACCCCAUAGUGAAGUAUUUGCGUAACCCUUCUGGCAGCCAUGAGAGGACUACACGUUUCCGAGCUCGGUGUUAUUUGAUUUAUCAGAAUGAGCUGUAUCGAAAAGGAUCAGAUGGUUUAUUACUCCUAUGUCCCAGCGCCGAGGAUAUCAAGGUCAUCAUGACUGAAUCCCACGAGGGGAUUUGUGGUGCUCACCAGUCUGGGGUCAAGAUGAGGUGGUUGGUUCGGAGGCACGGCUAUUACUGGCCGACCAUUUUGAAAGAUUGCAUAGAAUAUGCGAAGGGAUGCAUCAAGUGUCAAAUCUACGGCCCUGGCACUUGCUCGUAA